GGAACACACAUAAAAAUGGCGCCAAAGCCUAAGAAGAAAUCUCCACCGUCUGAUCCUAACGGAGUAUUUUCCGGAAUCACCGUCUUCCUUAUUGAAGCCGGCGUUCAACAGCGUCGCCUUCAGAUUUGGAAGCAAAAACUGGUGCAAUUGGGGGCUAAGAUUGAGGAGAGUUUCUCCAAAAGGGUUACCCACAUUUUUGCCGGCGGACGCGGAUUCGCUUCUCAGAAAAGUAGGCAGCAGAACUUGAAGCGAUUCAAAGGGAAAAUUUUGAACUAUCAGUGGAUAGAGGACAGCUUGAGAGCAGGAGAAAAGGUGUCUGAAGAUCCAUACGUAUUCUCAGAGGACGCGUCGAAAAAUUGUAGUAGCAAGGUUAGUGAAGAGAAUCUGAAACAUGUCGAUGCAAAUUUGAGUUAUGAAGACCAAUUGCCAUCAAAGAAGCUUAAGACCUGUCCCCAAGAGUCCGAAACUGUUGAAUCUGAGGAAAGGCCUAGACAUCCAGUGGAUUCCGCUAAAUGUUCCCCAAAAUCUGAUAAUGCUAGCGGCUCAUCUCAAUCUGCAGGCCCCAUAAGCCCAGAGGUCACUAGUCUGAGUUUGGAUGGUUUAAAUAAAGAUGUCUCGUCAUCUGACACAUCGUCGUUGUAUAGCCCUCCUGAUAUGAACAGGAAUAUAACUGAGAUAUUCGGAAAGCUUAUCGACAUUUACAGAGCCCUAGGUGAAGAUCGCAGGUCAUUUAGUUAUUACAAGGCUAUUCCAGUUAUUGAAAAAUUGCCUUUCAAAAUUGAAAGUGCGGACCAGGUUAAACAUCUACCUGGUAUUGGAAAGUCUCUGCAGGAUCAUAUUCAGGAAAUAGUGAAUACUGGAAGGCUCUCAAAGUUGGAUCACUUUGAGAAGGAUGAAAAGGUACGCUCGAUCAGUUUAUUUGGAGAAGUAUGGGGCAUUGGACCUACUACUGCAUCAAAACUUUAUGAGAAAGGACACAGAACCCUAGAUGAUCUGGAAAAUGAGGAAUCGUUAACAAAUGCCCAGAGGUUAGGUUUAAAAUACUUUGAUGACAUCAAGACCAGAAUUGCACGCCACGAGGUUCAGGAGAUGGAAAGUCUUCUAAAGAAAGUUGGAGAAGAGAUAUUGCCUGGGGUAGACAUUGUUUGUGGAGGAUCAUACAGACGUGGAAAGGCUUCUUGUGGGGAUAUGGAUAUUGUGAUCACACACGCUGAUGGGAAAAGUCAUAUAGGCUUUCUCCCAAAGUUUGUAAAGCGUCUCAAGGAUAUUAACUUCUUGAGAGAGGAUUUGGUCUUCAGUAUUCACAGUGAGGAGGGUACAGAUUCUGGAGUGGAUACAUAUUUUGGUCUUUGCACCUAUCCUGGUCGAGAGUUGCGACAUCGCAUAGAUUUCAAGGUUUACCCAAGGGAUAUAUAUGCAUUCGGAUUAAUAGCAUGGACAGGGAAUGAUGUGCUAAACAGAAGGUUGAGACUAUUAGCAGAAUCAAAGGGAUUCAGGCUUGAUGACACAGGAUUGUUUCCUGCGACUCAUGGUUCAGGGGGGAAACGGGGAAGCAAAGGCAGCGCAAGUUUGAAGUUUGCAACUGAAAAACAAGUGUUUGAUUUUCUUGGGUUCCCAUGGCUGGACCCUAAUCAAAGGAAUUUGUGAAGUUGUUCUACUUUUACAGCAACAAUGUGUCCAGAGCUGUAUGUUUUUUGUGAGAUGCAAACCACUGUAACUAUCUUGCACAUAUAUAUUUGUAAGUUAUGUUUUGUCUCAGUUUCAUGGGUUUAAAUUACUUUC